UUUUUUCUUUUUCUGGAAUCAACUGUUUUAGGCGGCCGAGGAGAAGGAAGAAGAGGCAGCCGUGGGCAGCGAGGGCCAGGUCAGGUUCCUUCCUCCAUUCCCCCUUCAUCUCGCGGAGUCUCCUCUGCUCGAUCUUUCCAAAUCGAAUCGUUCGUCGCUCAGUCUCCGUGCACGCCACCUGUUCGACCGAACGCCUCCGAGCCCUGUCGGCUGCCGCGCCCCAAUGGCGGAUCCGCCCGCGAGCCGGCGCCGCCCCGUGGCCAGGAUCAACGACCUCCCCGACGACAUCCUCCGCAACGUCUUGUCCUUCCUGAGUUCGCGCGACGCGGUGCGCGACUGCAUGCUGUCGCGGCGCUGGCGCGACCUCUGGAAGUCCGUCCCCCGCAUCGACGCCGACAUCACCGACUUCGACGACCAAGGUUACAGUGACGAGCAGUGCGAGGUGCUGCUCAAGAGGUUCAUGAACCGUUUCCUCGAGGCCCGUGACCCCGUCCCUCUCCAAGAGUUCUGCCUCUGGUACAGCGUGUGCAAGGACGUCCCAAAAACCGAAUCCGAGGACGCGUCCGGGGACGACGAAGAUGCCCAAUUCGCAGAGGACGACGACGAAGAAGCCCAAUUCGAAGAGGAUGACGACGAAGAUGCCCAAUUCGCAGAGGACGACGACGAAGAAGCCCCAAUCGCAGAGGACGACGAUGAAGAAGCCCAAUUAGCAGACGCGCCCGAGGAUGACGAAGAAGCCCAGUUGGCAGACGAUGAAGACGAACAAGACAAAUCCGCAGACGUGUCCGAGGAAGACGAACAAGACAAAUCCGCAGCUGCCAACGAAUGGAUCAGAUAUGCGUUGAAACACAAUGCUUCGGUCAUCGUGGUUGUCAAUCGGCUGUAUGCAUUGAACCUCGAUCAUGCUGGGUUCACUUCAAACUACCUGAAAAGCCUGAACCUCAGCAGUGCUAUUUUGAUGCAAGGCUUCUUUGAGCAGCUCCAAAGUGGUUGCCCUAAAUUGAAGCAUCUGUCCCUAUAUGACUGCGUGAUUAUGGACACUGAGGUUUCCUCCCAGACGCUCGAGGUCUUGACCCUCCCUGAUCAAGUUCAUUUCCCACCUGAUCACCAGGCUACUAUUUCUGCUCCAAGACUCAUUUCUCUGGCCUUCAAUAAUUCUGAGGGGCCCAGGUUACCUUUGUUGAGAAACAUGGCAUCACUAGAGGAGGCAUGGAUACAAAUCUCGGAAAACAUCAAAGCUAUUGAUGCUCCUGAUAUCACACAGUUUCUCGACAGCCUUUCUCGGGUUAGAAGAUUGAGUUUCAAUUAUGAUAACAGACGGCUAACAAUGGAAAAUAAUUGCCAAUGGUGUCCAACCUUCAGCAAUCUUACAGACCUGACUCUUGAUGAAUGGUGUGUGCAUGAGGACUUCUAUGCAUUGAUAGUGUUCCUUCAGAAGUCACCUAAGCUGAAGGACCUGACUCUGAUACUAAAUGAACCGCAUCAGCGAUUUGGGGAAGAACCUGCCAUUAUUGGAGCACUGGAAGAAAGAUCAUUUGCAUGCAACCAGCUUGAGAGUGUGGAAAUCAUAUGCCCGUCCGAAUGUUCCCUACUCCCCAAGGUUCAAACGUUCUUGCUUGAUGGCGGCAUAACCCUUGAUAAGAUUCGUAUCAAGCAGAAGCAGCACCGCUGAAAUUAGCUCCAGGGAAGGCCAAGGCGUGUGAAUUUUCUCAGGUUCAACUACGGUACUGAAAGGUCAGAAGAUUGCUCAUUCACUCACCAUCGCAGGCAAAUAUGACUGUCGACCUGUUGGAUUUACUUUCGUUCGUCCCCUUCAAGUCGGUAGGAACAGGGCAUGCUUGUUUCUUGUUUUCCUUUUUGUCAUGCUUCGAAUCAAAGUGCACUAUGGUGAAUUUGACAGAAUAUGGUCGCUGCGAACACAAGCCAAACAAGGAGGGCAUUUAAUCGAGGCUUUGUUGACAUCGUAUCUUAAUAACCGUAAACGUGGAAGAGUUCUUCUUGCUGCCUGAUGUAUGGCGGUGCAAUAUGUAGCUCUUUUAGCUCACGUACUGUUCUUUUGCUUUUUCAACGGAUGCGUGCAGUUAUUGGUUUUCUGCUAAUGCAAAUCUAGCAGUAUCUUCUUUGUCGCUGAUCCUUGUUUGAAUUGUUUUCCCGGUAUGUAAGCACGCCUUGGUCGACCGAUCAGGUUGUCGCUGUAUGUUUCCAGGUCACAGGACCUGAUCAGAGAUGGCGAUGGAACACUGGAAUUAAACUUGUGAGUGGGACAUUUUUUGGAUGUACGCACGCUAGCUCGUGAUGGAUAAUAUGCAUCGACACAUCGUUGUACUUGAAGACGCAUGUGGAGUAUGUGUGUUGGGAUGAGUGAAGGGUGCGUCCAUCUAUAACUGAAUGCUACUUGGACCCAACCUGAUGGAUAUGUUACUGACAAUGAAACUGUAUGUACGUGCGACAAUGAUACAAUACUAUAAACCACAUUUAUACCA